GUUUACGUACAUAUGAAAAACGGUGAGAAAAUUGUAUGUGAAUAAAAGGUGUACGAACGGUUAGCACAUUUCUUUUUGCAUUAGCCAUAUUAUAGAAUGACUUCUGUUUUUGUAACGUACCUUGUUCGAAUGUCGUUCAGAUCGAACGUUUCAUUUUUUAUUGUCAUAUAACAAUACAAUUACCUAUCAAGUGUAUUAAUCAAGAUUUCAUAAACAAUAUUGCAAGUUGAAGUGAAUUUGAGGAUGGAACCAUCCAUUAAAUUACCAUUAAGUCUUUUACAAAAUGAUAUUCCAGCGUCUUGGAUCGAUGUUCCAAAAUGCUUCAAAUGCAACAAUGCAUUUCACAAAUCAAAGAAAGUGCAGCAUUAUCCAUGCCGCUUAUCUUGUGGACAUAUUUUAUGCAGUACGUGCCUCAUUGCAAUCAGAAAAAAUAAAAAUGAUGCCAAGUGUGGACAAUGUUCGCUGAAAAUUCUCCAUAGAAAUUCAAGCGACUGGCAUCAACUCGAAUAUGACUACUCCCUUAUUGGCUUCAUCAAUUACCAAAAGAACAUUGUACCGUACAUGCUACAAAAUGCAUCAGACUCUCCAAACACUGUCCAACUGUCGACCAGCGCGGCAAUUGUAUCCGUUUGCGUUGAAUGUGCGAUAAGUACAAAAUCCAUCUGUAUUGAAUGUGGAAUGGGCUAUUGUGAAUCCUGUUUCGUUAAAGUGCAUUCAGCUGGCGUUGCUUUCAAAAAACAUCAGCUUAAACAUUUGGAUACCAAGCUCUGUGCAAUCGGUGGUCCACUUGGCCUAUGCAACGCACAUGGUAAGGCAUUGUCGUACUAUUGUCAGACUUGUACGGCACCGAUUUGCGGUAUGUGCGUUAGUACGUCACACAGUAUGCAUACUACGAAGGAGCUGGUGAAAGUGAAUGAAAAAGUCUGUCUGGACGAGCCAUUAAAGAUCUUGAAAGAUGUUCGCGACAUGAUCGAAGAGUCGAAAAAGAGCACCGUGGAAUGCAUCGACAAACUUGACCAGUAUGCCACUGCAACAGCCCAGGACAUAUUCAAAACAUUCCAGACAUACCACACCAUACUCCAAAAUCUGGAAGAUGAAGCUUAUGCUGAAUUGAAGAAACGAACACUUGUCACUCUGCAAGAAUUGCAUAACGUGCAAAAUUCGAUCGAUGUCAGCGGCAGUUUGAUCGCUGGAGCUAUAAGUAACAUAAAGCAGUUUCGAAAGGUCACCCCGAAAGAUGUUGACCUUUCAGCCCUUUUGAACAAAAUUAUGACCUUCCUGGAAACGCUGAUGAUUGAUUUCGAUGUUGACCAAUUCGAUCACAAUUUAUUCAGAUUCAACAGCAACAGCUACAAGACAAAUUGCGAUCUGAAGGAUUUGUGCAAAAUAAAUUUCGAAAAUUUGGAAUUCUAUGCGAAAAUGCAAACGUUUUUCACGGCGAAGAAACUACCAACCGACGUCGAGGCAUCAUCUCAUUAUCCAGAUAUAUCGUCAGAGUCGUUGAUUGGUGCGCCAGACUCUCCGGUAAAAUCGAUAAAAUUGGAACGAACGGUAAAACCGCAAAGCGUUCAUAAGCCGAAACACGAACCGACAAUUAAAUCGCGUGAGGUGUAUAUAAGCGAAAUAUCCGAUUCGAUGAUAUUUUAUGUGCAAGAUUUUGACUUUAUCGAACGAUCCGAUGAAUUUGUACGACAGUGUAACCAAAGUGCUAUGGUAGAAAAACCACCCAGCACCGUUGUCGUCGGCGAAAUGUACUUGGUUUUUGAAAAUAAUAAGAGUGAAUGGCAUCGCGGAAUCGUUACGGAACAGAAAACAAAGAUUACACUGUACUUGGUUGAUCACGGUCGGCAUGUGUCUGUGAUGUUAAACCACAUUCGUCAGAUUUCCGACAACUUGAAAACAAUUCCGCAAUCUUCUUCAUCGUUCACGGUUUGCAACGUUGAACCGACGGGAGGUAAAUGGAGUGAUGAAUGCAAGGAGCUCAUUCUUCAAAUGGCGUUGGAGAAGCGUGCUACGAUAAUCUAUGCCAAAGAAAAUACUGGUGACCUUAUUGUUCAUCUUGAUUAUCCGACAUCGGUUGAGGACACGUUGCUCUAUUUGAACUUCGCCAAAGCACGAAAAAUUAGCAACGAAUCGGAGAACAAACUCCAUCGGCAAAUGAUGCGUGAAAAAAAACUAAACAUGGAUCGACUAAAAACUCGUACUCCGUUUGUCAAACAUAAGAUCAAAGACGAAUCCUAUUGCAAAGCGACGAAUAUCGUUUCACCGGCUCAACUUUAUAUCACAUCGAUUGAUCAUGUGAACGACGUAGAAGCGCUUCACAAACAAAUACAAGAAUAUUACGAGACUCCUUAUUUGAAAAAAGUCUAUUAUCCACAUCUACAAAUGGCAUGUUGCGUAUGGAUCGAUGAGAAUUGGUAUCGUGCACGAAUCGAAGCCCAUCGUCCGAAUUGUGUUGUCAACGUUUUUUUGGUCGACGUUGGCAAAUACGAGAACAUUAAGUGGCGUUUUCUCCGCACUCUGGAAAAUCAAUUUAUUGAUCUACCCGAGGGCGUCGUCGAGUGUUGCUUGGCCCAUAUUUCUCCAAAAGGUUAUGCAGAUGUAUGGUGCUCCGAGGCAACCGAUGAGUUGAAGCGACUUUGUAAAAAUACAUUGAGAGUAGGUGUGAUUGGGAUACGCAACCGAAUGGUAAACAUUGAACUGUACGUCGUCAAAAAGACAGUGAAUUAUCAGAUCAAUGCCUAUCUGGCAAAAUAUAAUUUGGUUGAAUGGAUCGGAGAAGGAGAAUGCAUUGUUGAACGCCGAAAUGACGCCGACUCGGAGCUGACAGAUGAGUCUGGAGCGGUUGCACCCAUCACAAACAAGCCAGCUUCAAAAGAAUUCCGCCAAUUGAUCAAAAUACUCAACGUUGUGUCGCCAAGCGAAUUUUAUGUGACCCUCACCAAAUACGAAAACGCGAUCAAGAGAAUGCACACGGAAAUCCAGAAUUUAAUGAAGUCUCAAGUAACUGAAAAUGCCAUUUCACAGUGGCAAUCCGGUGAUCAUUGCUUGGUGUUUGGUAAAUUAUCGAAUAAGUUGAAUAAAUGUUGGUACCGUGGCCGAAUUGAAUCGAUCCGGUUUCCCGAAUCGAAUAUGGAUAACAUUGAUUUCUGUACCUACAUCCGGGACCAUGGUCAAACGGUGGUCGCUCAGUUGUCUGACCUGGCACCCAUAUCAGAGUCUCUGCGUCUUGUCGAUGAUGGUGCAAUGAAAUGUCAUAUGGCCAACCUUAAACCCACAUUGAAUGAAUGGGCAAAGUCAGCGAUUGACGAAUUCAAGUUCAUUUUACGCGAAGAAUGCGACACAUUUGCCAUAUCCGUUCACGGCGAAAGAACAAGUGAUUCAAUUCCCGUUUACUUAUGGGGUCGAGCGAAAGCAAUUAAAGACGAUGCCUUAGGUGCACCUGGAAUCGCCUGGACCAACAUCAAUUCAUCGUUCGCAACAAAGGGCUACGCAGAUUGUGUCGAAACGUUCGAAACAAUCGUGGAUUGCAUUCCAGUAGCCAUAAUGAACAAGGAAAUGAUUGACUUCAAUAAUUGGCUCGAAAAACUAAGUCUCGUCACCAAAUAUCAAGCUACAGCCAACCAAAAACACAUCCCUUUCGACGAAGACGAUUUCAUUUUGGAGGCCGAACUCGAUCCAAAUCAUCAAAACUUUUGCACCAGAAAAGUCACAGCUUGGCUACCAGCCAAACCAAUUUCAAAAUAUUUUUUCAACGGAUUUGUAACGUACGUGGAUAAUAACGCAGUCAUCUAUCUGCACGAGCAGUUUCGAUCCAGUUUCCUCAAGCAAAUGAUGUACACGAUAAAUAAGAAGAUUGGCCAAACCGAAUACGAUCCAUCGUACAAAUGGGUGGUGAACGAACCGUGUAUGGCGAAAUUUUACUUAGACAAUUGCUUCUACCGUGCCACUGUUAAAGAGAUUUUGCCGAACGAUCAGUACAAAAUUAUGUUCGUCGAUUAUGGAAACAUCGAAACGUGUGACUCAUGUGACCUUCGAAUUGCUGAGAUGCUGGGCAAUGUUCCCAUUCAGACGACCAAAUAUUAUCUGGCCUACGUUCAACCCAUAAACGAUAAAGGAAUAUGGGACAAAAAGAUAUUGGAAUUCAUCCAUUAUCACAUUGUCAACAAAACGGUUGCCGUACGCGUUGAGGAUAACAUUGACGACGAAUUUGUGCCAUGUACGUUGACAGUCGGCGUGAUGGACUUGAUUAAAACAUUGAUCGCUGAAAAAUUGGCAGAGAACUCACCAACGAUGGAGAUGAAAUUCAACCUGCGCGAAACGUACAGUUUCUACUCGCAAAAGUCAUCUGAAGAAGCCGUUCCAGAUUGUGACUUGCAGAGAAAACGUGGUAAGCCACUGGAUAAAUUCAAAAGUAGCAUACCACUCGAUGAAUUCAAAGUUGUAAUCGAGAAGAAAAAAGAGGCAGCGAAAGUCAAAGAACAUUUGAACCAAUUUGACUUCGAUCUAUCGGCUGACUUUAUAGUCGAAGAUUCAGAUGCUGACGCACAAGUUGCCAAUUCAUUCCUACGUGAUUCGAUCGACUAUGACGGUGAUUUUCAGCCGCACGAUACAUCAACCACAAUAUCGACGGCAAUGAAAUCGUUCAGUUUGCUGCCGUUCAAGCCAAUAAAAUUGAGCGAUGAUAUGACAAAGUUUUCGUGCAAAAUUUACGAAGUGCUAGACACAUUGCACCUAUUCGUUGAGCCCAUAAUUGCGGAAUACACCGACAAUUUUGAGAGUAUGGAAAAUGCAAUAAAAAAAUCGAGCUAUAAAAAGUGCAGCUUUAACGUAUCUACUGCACGCUGUUGCCUGGCUCCAUACACUGUAGACAAUUUGUACUACCGUGCUGUGAUCAACGAUCGGAUAAACAAAACGUCGGCCCGAAUACGAUUCGCCGACUACUUGAAUGAGGAAGUGGUUGACUGUAAAUUGUUACGCGAAUGUCCCGCCGAUGUAGUGGAACAUCCAUUGAAGCAUAUUAUCGUCAAAUUGCAUGGCAUCAAACCAUCGCGACGCAUACGUGACGCGGAUAUCAAACGGCAGAUGGAAAAUUUGCUUGGCCAAACUGCCAUUGCGGUUGUGGUAACAAACGAUACCAUUCCGUCCGUGCGUUUGUUCGACAGCACCAGUCCCGAUAUGUUGCUGUAUAAGUCGUUGAUUGACUCGAAAUUUUAUACCGAAACGAGAGACUGAAUUUUCAUUUUUAAUUUUUUCACCGCUGAUGACAUUUACCGUUAAAUAUUAUUUGCCAUGUAUCCAUUUAGAGCGUUGAAUGGACGCGUAAGAAUACUUUUUUUUGUUAUCGUUUACUGAUAUUUUCCAUUUGAAUUUAACAACAAAAUGUUCUCAUCAAUUCAGCAGAAUUACAAAGCUGAAUAUUAAAUUGAAACACAAAAUGUAAAACUUCUUCGACAGUUAAGUUUAUCAUUCGAAAAUAAACAAAUAUUUUCAUCGUUAAAUCC